GUAUUGUGUCUCGUGAUUAUUUGUUGGGUUUUUUUGCACUGCAUUUUCUUCCUCUUUGGUCAGCAGAUAUUCCGAAUGGAAACUUGUGACCUUUUCUUUGAUGGUUGCUUUAUUUGACCUGAUCCAUAGUUUGUGCUUUUUGUGUCCCGAAAGUAUGAAACCUAAAUGGCAGUGCACUCUGACCUUCUUUGGUCGCCUGGAGGAAUGCAAAGCGCGCCAAGACGGUUUUAGAACAAAAUGCCGUUUCACGGACGAAUAAUAGCCGUAGUGUUUGAACACGAGUGAGCCCAAAUGCGAAGCACAAGCCUCAAGCGAGGCAAGGCAAGCAGCAGGGCAACGCUAGAGGAAUGCAUUGACAUUGAGUGGUCAGUCCGAUCGAUGUCUCUUUUUCUCUUCUUUUCUCUUUUGCUUCCAAAGGAUCUUACAGGCUCACUGUUGGCCGUGGCUUUUCUGACUUCCUUUGGAAGUUCCAUGCUCUAUGGAUACAAUUUAGCUGUGGUCAACUCUCCAGCGCUGUAUAUAAAGGACUUCUACAACCAAAUGGCGUUGAGGCGCAAUGGAACCGGACUCAGCGGGGAGACACUGACACUGAUGUAUUCACUCACCGUGUCGGUAUUUGCUAUCGGUGGUCUGCUGGGUUCAUUGAUUGUGGGUGUGCUGGUCACUCGCUUCGGCAGGAAAGGGACAGUGGUCAAGAGCACAGUUCUGGUGUUUAUUGGCGGUUCCUUAAUGGGCUUCAGCAGGAGCUGCGGUUCCCCCGAGAUGGUCAUACUGGGUCGUUUCGUAACAGGGAUCCACUCAGGCAUCUCUUUGAGUGUGGUUCCAAUGUACCUGGGUGAGAUUGCGCCCAAAAACCUCCGGGGCUUUCUGGGUCUGGUGCCAAGUAUCUUUAUCGGCACAGGAGUCUUUGCAGCCCAAAUCCUUGGACUCCACGAACUGUUGGGAAAGGAAGAGCACUGGCCUCUGUUUCUCUCUGUGGUGGCGGGACCCACAUUUGUCCAGUUGUUGCUGUUGCCGUGGUUCCCGGAGAGCCCCAGGUACUUGCUGAUUGACAAGCGCAAUGUCCACGCUACCAUCACAGCUCUGAAGCGGUACCGAGCCAAUUGUAACAUCCAGGCCGAGAUUGAGGAGAUGCAGGAAGAGCAGCGCUCCUUGUCGUCAGUGGAGACACUGUCUGUGUGGAAUCUGCUCCUGGACGAGACGGUCCGCUGGCAGGUCCUCAGCGUGGCGGUCGUCAACGUGGGCAUGCAGCUCUCCGGCAUCGACGCUAUCUGGUUCUACACCAAUGACAUCUUUGAGAACGCAGGGAUUCCCACGCCGGAGAUCCCUUACACGACAGCAGGCACAGGCGUGAUCGAGAUCAUCGCUGGGCUCGUUGGGUGUUUCACCAUCGAGAAGCUGGGAAGAAGGCCUCUUAUGGUUGGAGGUUUCACCAUGAUGGGAAUCUGCAGUGCCGGGAUCACGUUGACCCUCAUUUUACAGACUCGUUUAUCCUUCAUGCGUUACGUGAGCGUCUGCUGCGUCGUCGGCAUCAUCGCCGGAUUCUGCAUCGGCCCAGCGGGGGUCCCUUUUUUGCUCACAGCAGAGCUCUUCAAACAGUCCCACCGCCCAGCGGCCUACAUUGUCGGAGGAUCUCUCAACUGGCUUUCCAAUUUCACUGUGGGCUUUGUCUUUCCCUUCUUACAGAUGUCGGCCGGGUCUUACUGCUACUUGGUCUUCGCCAGCAUUUGUCUGUCGGUGGCCGUCUACGUCUACGCUGUCAUACCCGAAACCAAAAACAAGACCUUUAUGGAGAUAAGCCGCUUGUUCUCCAAGAAGCAGCCCGUUCUUGAGACCCAGUGCCUUCUCCUGGUGGAUCAGCUGAAGCUGAAGAAGAUGAACGGCUACGGAGGCCUAGAACAUCACUCGCUGGACUUUGAGAGCUCCUCCUCUAUACCUUAAUGAAGGUUUACGUUUGAACUCUUGAGUGUUCUUCCAAAUGUUUGUUGAGGACACACGUGCGCUGCUUCUGUAACAUUGGCUAAAUGCAGAAAGCAAUUCAUGAAAUACUGUACAUAGUACAAUGUCACUCAACUAGUGUAGCAGGUCCGUCAAAUACAGCCUGCCCUGAAGCAAGCGCCUGGCAGAUUCAGCACUCGUAUGUAUGCUUGUCAUCCAUUUGAACUAAUAGAAGAGUCAACAAAUCGAUAGGUUGCCGUACGAUCCUCUUUCGAAACCAAUGGUGCAUUCUGACUGUCUUGGCGAACGCUUAUGCAGACGAUAACAAUGGCGCUAAUAAAGCGGGACUCAACUAA